GUAAGUUGCGUGUCAUUGCUUUUAUCGUUUGUACACCGAAAUUAAAAAACUAUCAUAAAUGGGUGUGGUACUUGUAUUUUCCAGGCCAAAAUUUCAGGACUUUAGUGCUUUGAUGGACUGUGUACAGGGAUAAUGUCUCGACAAAGUGAAUAUAAAAGUUGUUUGCCGUUAGAUGAUGUGAUAGCAACAAAUGAUUUUACAACAACUUCUUCAGAUACUACACCACCAUAUGAUGAUGCAUGGUUAGAAGUACAGAUAUACAAUGGUUAUCGUGUAUGGCACAUUAUUUUUUUCAUCAUGACGAUCUUCUUCACAUUAGUGGUGUUUAUGUGCUGCUGUGUAAGAUUUCGAAUUCCCAGGACUAAACAAGAGAUAGAAGCUGAUUUUAUACGCCGUAAAAUUGCAACAAAAUUUUGCAAACAAUUACGUCUAUUGAGUGAUACUGAAAUGGACAACAUGGACCUGUUGAAAGCACUAAAACGACUUCAGUCAGAACUUGAAAUUCCUAGCAAUGAAACAGUAAAGGAGCCUGAUGAAGUACUAUCAUCAACUAAAACUACUACGCCAAGUUUAAAAAAAUCUCCAAAAUCAUCAGAUUUUGAUUCUUCUGUGGAAAAACUAGAUGAAGAACCUGAAAAUGUAUUAAGUGGUCGUCUAGCAACAUUAGUUAACGUUUUAAAUGUUAUGAAACCACGUCGUAAACAUAUAGCUGAUGAAAUUACACCAAAUCUUAUUACAGUUUAA